CCUAAGGAUUCUGCCACCCAAGACCUCAUGUGGCUGACAUUGAACUGUCACUGAAAUGCUCUCCAUCAUAAAUGAGAACUGAAUUCGGUUAUUUGAUGCCUGAUCCAGCUAGUUAUUCUCCUGUAAGGACAAACAGAGCCCAAAUAUCACAGCAAGGCCUGCGUGCCGACAUGCCUUUGGUGGGUAAGAAUAGCCUCACAAUGGAGCUCACAUCUCUCGUCUUCUGUUGUCUGGGAACAGUUGUUGUCAGGGCAGAGGUGAGAUGGGAAGCCUAGUUGGUGGAUACGCGUGAGUGGAGUUGCCAUUGUGGAUUUCAACCGACAAGUUGUGUAGGACCUGACUGAGAAUUUGAGUGUUUGUAAAAAGGGUUUAUUUUUAAUUCCCACUUGGACUGAGUUUAAUACACACCAAAACAUAUUUUUCUUGUGUGGAAUCAAUUGGGCUGUGAGUUGACCAGUGGGAAAUCCUACGUGUGGAGGCAUAAAUCUGCUGGCAUGGCUAAACAGACUGCAUCUGAGAUUAUCUUCAUAACUUUGAAUCACAACAUCACCCUCACAGGGAAAGCAUGGCUCGUCCUGGUGGUAUUCAUUAGAAUCCUGGUCUUGCUGUUUGCUGGUUACCCCCUCUACCAGGAUGAGCAGGAAAGAUUUGUGUGUAACACCAUUCAGCCCGGUUGUGCCAAUGUGUGCUACGACAUGUUUGCCCCUCUUUCCAUUGUCCGAUUCUGGCUAGUGCAGCUCACCACCCUUUGCCUUCCUUAUGUGGUGUUUGUCAUCUAUGUGAUCCACAAAGUGAGUUCUGGUCUUCCUGCUGACAUUGAGACUUCUGAGUCCAUAAAAGCAGACUCCAUCUAUAAGAUCCAUCAAGAAUCGUUCAGGAAAGCAUCUCUUUGUAAGACCGUCAUGAAGGCGAAGGGGCGUGUGCAGUACUUCACAGGAGCCUACAUCUUGCAUCUGUUGCUUCAGAUACUUGUAGAAGCUGGAUUUGGAGCUGCACAUUAUUACUUGUUUGGCUUCUACAUCCCCAAACGCUUUAUGUGUCAGCAGUCACCUUGCACAACAAUGGUGGACUGCUACAUCUCUAGGCCCACUGAGAAAACCAUCAUGCUGAACUUUAUGUUGGGGGCAGCUGCUUUGUCCUUGCUGCUAAACGUGUGCGACCUAAUCUGUGCCAUCAAGCGCUCCAUGAGGCAGAAAAACAAAGGAAAAAUGCUAGUAGAGAAGAUGUACGCAGAGGAGCAGUACUACUUGUCCGGGAAUGGGAAUCAAGGUGUAGACACCAGCAUCCAGCCGACUCAAGAUGUGAUUGGACCGGGAGGGUUCCGCAAAAGAAGGUCCAGGAACUCAAGUGGCGAUGAAGCUGCUUCGGUUCUUUUGGACGAUGACCCUCCACAACCUUCACCUCUUGCUGGAAUGCCAACAAUUUCUGGAAUGCCUGGUUCCAACAACAAUGACGACAGCAGCAGCUACCAACCCACCCAAGAAGAGGGGAUGGUAAGAGAGGGCAGUGAAGUGGCACUGUACCCCACUGAGCCUUUGGGGACUCCUAGAUCUGUCCGAGUUAGCAAACGCAGUCGUCUCAAACCUCCACCACCUCCACGAAGGGACAAACUAGCUGCUCAAGGUGCAGUUGAUGUCUCGGGGUCAACAGCAGUGUGUACCAGAAGAGUAGGGCAAUAUACUCUGGUAGAAAUGACCACUGGUGAAGACGUACCAACUUGCAAUGGAGACGGACAAGAAAAGAGGUCUGAAUGGGUUUGAUUGUCUCUUGAAAGUCUUUUGAAGCAUCGCGAGUUGAUUGGGACUUGACUGAAACAGAGUGACUUGAUUGGAAUAGAUUGCUUGGAGAAACAAGGUGAAAUGAGAGGUAUUAAUAGAUGCCAACGUCAUGGAUACAUGCCAACCCCUUGGAUCAGCUAUGCCCAUCAGCAUCCACCUGCCUCUCAUGUGUGUGUUUGCGCAUUCUGUCUUUCUUUCACAAGCCAGACGUGGUCUUGACCUGCCUUGCCCCUGCGACAAUCAAGGGACGGCGAAGGCCUUUCUAAAAACAGGUCUGUUGCAACCACCCAGGGUCUCUGAGGUUAAGCUAAGACUGACAUACUUUCUGCUUCAACAGGGGCGGCCACCAAACAAGAACAACCCUGAGGGUACAAGGGUGCUUUAAAGCUCCUCCAAAAUCCUCCAGCCUGAAAAAACUCAGGAACUGUCGAUUGUCAGUCAACUGGACCCCAUCAUAAAGCAAUUACUGCCCAGGCUGCAUUUUCACUGCUUUACUGCCUUUUGUAUUUAUGGAGGUAGCUUGUAACACUAUCUCAAGGACCUGCUGGGGUUUGGUUUGGAGCUUUAGAACAAACACUUAAAAUAGAGUUUCAUAAUCUGGUGUAACACGAGAGCAAGACGAUGCGUGCCUUCCAGACUCUCAGAAGCGAGCCGCAACAUGUAAACGAUUAGACAUGUUAGCUUUGGACAGUCACCUAGACUGCAGCUCUCCUGUCCUCACAAUGUCAGUCAUGUGUCUUAUUAGACACAACAGGGACUUCUGGGAUUGACUAUUUAUGGAAUUUCCUUAUACAUCACUGAUGAGAUUUUGUAGUUUUUGUCUUUUCUUUUGCUGAUAGAUGCAAGGGAUAUUUUGUGUGAUGUCAAAUGGUUUGCAAGUUAGUGACUCUUUGGCAUUGUUUUUAUUUUAUUACCUGACCAAAUCACACCCCACCCCCUUAAAAGGGCAGAGAAAUAUUAUUAAUAUUACACAUAUUACACAACUUUAAACUGGUGACUAUUAAAUAAAGGAAAGACUGCAUGAAGUCCUGUAUCUCAAAAUGCAAUGCAUUCAAUUUCACCUAAAUUUAAUUUAAUUUAAAUUUUGAUGACAGCUGGAUUUCAAGUGGAAAAGAACCAUUUCCAAAAUUAUAACUGGAUCCCAGUCAUGUGAGUACAAGUGACCACAAAGUAACAUAUUACUUGGGGUCUCUACUAGUAAUGUGCUGAUGAGUCAACUCAAGAAAAAUGAGUACUGUUGGUAUGCCACCAGAAACAGGGUUGGGAAAACCUACCAUCCUAUUAAAAACUGACAAAUCAUGCCCUCCAGUGGACAGACAUGCACCAAACUCAAGUCUGAAGAUGGACAAUUCUUCAUUACUGCAAAUGUUUGUACAUCAGUGUGCAAUUAAUGCAAUUACUUUUGCAUAUUAUAUGUUAUUUCAACUGACACUUCUCCGGGGCACACAGAAUGUUUAAUAUAUAUGAUUCUAUAAAUUUAACCCUCAAUUGCUCCCUGGGCGUUGGAGCAAUAGUGUGUGUUCAUGGUUUGUUUGUGUGUGUGUGUGCGCACUUGGAGUUAAAUGCAGAGCACCAAUUCUUGGUUACCAUACUUGGUAAAUGCCACAACUUUCACUUUUUGGGAAACACAACCCAGGGGGUGUUUUAUAAAGACUAAAACAAAGUUACAGUUUGCCAGUUAUCAUACCCGUUCUUUUGGGGUGUGAAAAUUUUCCUCGAAUUGCUACAAAAUUAGACAGUGCAUGUGAUUUUGAUUAUUAAUAAUGUUUAUCAUUCUAUUGUCACCCCAGUAAUGAAUUUUAGUAGGCUACACAAUGUAUUUUCAAAAGAGGAAAACAACUGAUAAUUGUAUUUGAACCCUUCACAAUCGGUUUGUUCUUGAUGUAACAAAUGUGAGGUGAGACCUAAUAUUAA